UUAACUAGUGUGACCCAUUUGACCAGACCACCCUGAGAGCUCCAGAUAGAUAGACAGAUAGAUAGACAGAUAAAUAGACAGACAGACAGACAGAUAGAUAAAUAAACAGACAGACAGACAGAACGAUAGAUAGAUAGAUAGAUAGAUAGAUAGAUAGAUAGAUAGAUACAUACAUACAUACAUACAUACAUACAUACAUACUUUAUUUAUCCCGAGGAAAUUCAAGAAACUCUAUAACAUGAACGUGCUGCGCAGAGUUGGCCAAAUAUUCAGGGGUGCAGCCACCCUCAGCCAAUCUGUAAACCAGGUAGCUGCAUCGAGGCAAAAGCACACGCUCCCUGACCUGGCCUACGACUAUGGUGCCCUGGAACCCAUCAUCAGUGCAGAGACCAUGCAGCUGCACCACAGCAGGCACCAUGCCGCUUACGUCAACAACCUCAAUGUCACAGAGGAGAAAUAUCUCGAGGCAUUAGCAACGGGAAAUGUGACGAAACAGGUUGCUCUCCAGGCUGCUCUGAAGUUUAACGGAGGAGGCCAUAUUAACCACUCCAUUUUCUGGACAAACCUCUCUCCAUAUGGUGGAGGCGAGCCACAGGGGGAGCUGAUGGAGGCCAUCAAACGUGACUUUGGCUCCUUCCAGAAGAUGAAGGAGAGCAUGUCUGCAGCCUCAGUGGGAGUGCAGGGCUCGGGGUGGGGCUGGCUGGGCUUCGACAAGGAGAGGGAAAAACUUCGUAUUGCUACUUGUGCUAAUCAGGAUCCCCUGGAGGGAACUACAGGUCUCAUCCCCCUCCUUGGUAUUGAUGUGUGGGAGCAUGCUUACUACCUUCAGUACAGAAAUGUGCGUAAGACCUAUGUUAACGAUAUCUGGAAUGUCAUUGACUGGGAGAAUGUGAGCGAGCGUCUCAAGACUGCCAACAUGGAUGGAGUAAAGCAGAGGUGCGAAAAUGAUCCAUUAAAGGGCAAAGGCAAGUGUGAAUGCAGGUUUGGCAGCCUGUGUAAACCCUAAACCUCUUCCAUCAACACGAAAAAAAGAAAAGUAACAGUAAGUAACAGGGCUUUGAGAGCUACGAUGCCUGCUCUUUCAAAUGUCAUGUUUAUUUCCGAAAU